AUGCAGGAUCCCUACAACGGCAAGGUUCUCCUCGCCGCCGUCAUUUGCUUAUCCAUCGUCGUUCUCUUCGUCAUCCUCCUCCACAUCUACGGCCGAUGGCUGCUUCACCGCAGCCGUGUCACCACCACGACGAACAGUACUGUUUUGACUGAGUUCCAUCGCCGCCGCAGGAGCUCUGUCGAUGAAACAGGAGCGGUGUUGUCUUUGAGAGAUGUUGUCGGACGGGAUUCUGCGGCGGUGGCGGCGCUGCCGUUGUUCGUUUAUAGCGAGAAGGGACAGGAUGGAAGAGUGGUGGAUUGUGUGGUUUGUUUGAGCAAGAUGGAGGAAGGGGAAAAGGGGAGGAUUUUGCCUAGAUGUGGGCAUGGGUUUCAUGUUUGUUGUAUUGAUAUGUGGUUGAGGGAUAAUUCUUGUUGUCCAAUAUGCAGGACACCGGCGGCGGCAGUGGUGAGGGAGGACAGGGAGGAGGAGGAGGGGGGUUGUGAGGUUGUGGUGAUGGAGGCUGAUGAGGGAGUUGAGGAGGUGAGUGACAUGGUGGUGGUGGUGGAGAUGGAUGAUGAUGAUCAAAAGAAAGAGGGUUCUUCUUCUUCUUCUUCUUCUUCUUCUUCUUCAACUACUACCACUGUGAUUAGUGGUUCUCUGAAGAGAAUGUUAAGUAGGAGUAGAUCUGAUAAGAGAGUUUUCCCCUCUGUUAUUGACAAUUAG